CUUUAUUUUUCAUCUUUUUUUUAAACCUAUUUCGUAUAAAAUCGCCGAGCUGAUCUUGAAAGUUGGAGGUGCUUUUCCAGGCGUCGUGUCGCCGCAUACGAUGAUGCCGCUUGCGCCGACGCCAAUAGUCCCAGUUCCCUCCAAGCCGAAGAUCGGCUUCAGUAUCGACUCAAUUGUAGGAGGCGGUCGCAACCGAAAUGACGAAGACAACGUCUCAACGAGACUAUCGGACCAUCGUCUUGACAUUGAACGGGAUGACAUCUCACCCAUGGACAUUGUCGAAGGUAGCUCUUCUUCGCCAACCUCGAGAACCCAUAUCCGUCUCGUCAGUGGUGAAGCUCGCUCGCCAGGUGCUCAUUCAGAGGAGUCUGAUAGGCCACUUUCGAGAAGCUCUUCCGUAGAGUCCUAUUCAAACUCUAGAACGCCUUCGAGCUCACAUCAUCAUCAUCAAUCGCUACUGGCAAGUCAGCAUCAACAACAACAAUCGAACCAGAGUCACCAUCAUCAUCAUUCGCACCAUCGAUUAACUCAACAACAUCAGCUCCAUCGCACUCACCAACACUUAGAUUAUAGCACUAGAUCUUUAACAAAUCGAAGUAACAGUGGCGACUCUACGCCAAAUGAUUCACCAAGUCCGCCAGUACAUAGAAUGAGUAGCCGAAACAGCGAAUCACCAGCGCCAUCCGCUGUGAGCCAUCCUCAACAACCGCCGGGGGUCGUACGACCCAGCCCUAACUACUUGGGUCCACCGCCCGGAACAACUUCAGCUGCGGCGGCUGUUGUUGCUGCUGAGCAGCUCAAGAGCCUAUAUGGGCUGCCGGCUGCAAGUCAUACGGGAAGCGGGCCACAAGCCCAAAACGAGUACCACUCACAACAUCUGGCUCUCGCAGCCAAUAUUGCAGCGGCUCAACACUUUCAAGCAGCAAAUCUUGCGGUGGCGCUACAAGCCCAUCACGGUCCACCACAUGGGCACUAUCCACAUGCCAGUGGGCCUGCAGGACCCCAUCCGCCUCCUCAUCCCCACCAACCGCCAAGAGAUAGCUAUCCCCUGUAUCCGUGGUUAUUGUCUAGGCAUGGCCGUAUCUUCCCACAAAGAUUUCCAGGAGGUCCAGACAUACCUGGCUUCCUUUUGCAGCCCUUUCGUAAGCCAAAAAGAAUAAGAACGGCAUUUAGCCCAUCUCAGCUGUUAAAGCUCGAACACGCCUUUGAGAAAAAUCACUACGUCAUUGGAGCGGAAAGGAAGCAACUAGCUCAGGCCCUUUCACUGUCUGAAACUCAGGUGAAAGUUUGGUUCCAGAACCGACGGACUAAGCACAAGCGGAUGCAGCAAGAAGAAGAGGUAAAGGCUCAGCAGCAGUCCAGUAGCGGCGGUAUUACUACAGGGAAUGGUAAUAAUAACUCUAACAAUAAUGGAAGCGGCAAUAACAAAAAUACGCAUCAUGUGAACAAAUGGCAGCAGGAGACAGGCGAUUAUCACCACGAAGAACAGGACGAGAGAAUUGACCCAGAGGCUGACGAAUGUUCGAGUGGUUCUGAAGUGUAGCUAGAUGUUCUGUGUCUGGAUUAAAACCAUAAAGCAAUAGACAAAGUGAAAAGGAUUUUAAUGUCUA